CUACAAAACAGUAGAUCUAAACAGUAGAUCUACUCACUUUCAAUGUAUUGCUGGAUGCAAACUAAAUGUUCAGUUUUGUGUCAAGUAUAGACUAAGAAUCACUUACUUAUAGCCUUCCAUACUAGCUAGCUAGCAGUGAAGAACUUGUGCUCAUUCAACUGUAUCAUUGUUUUGUACACUAGACCAGUCAAGUGUGAACGUAGUACCACCAUUAUUGAAGCGUGAAGAAGCCUGCCCUUGACGUAUUGGUCUAGCCGUUUCUGUAGCCAUGGCUCAAAGCACAGGAGGAAUGGCUGUGUUGCUGCUGCUCUGUGCAUUGUCUGCACCUGCUACAGCUGCUCUGGAAAUCUUUCAGAGCCGAGUAACUUACGCCCCCAUAAGAAUAGAAGAGUUUAGAGUGGAGGGAGUGGCAUCUGUUGCUAUAGGAGGCGCCGGUGCCAACAUGCCCGAUUUCUUCUUUGAUUGUAAUACUACCAAGAACAAUGGCACUGGCAUACAAUGGAGCAGAGUAGGAGGCUUGCAGAUAAGCACCGAACCAGGCACAUACAGUGGUCUGAGAUUGCAGCUGGAGGACGUCGAUUAUCCCGAUUUGGAUGUGUAUAUAUGUACAGACACAAAUACAGGAGAUUCAUUGGAGCUCAACAUCACCAUCAGUAACCCCGCAGUGUGUCCAGUAAGAGACAUAUCUACCACUCUACAAGGUGGUCUAGUUGAGUUAAAGGUCUACGUAUCGAGUUACCCUCUCCUUACUGGUAGCCAGAUCCACUGGUACAGACCCAACGGUAAUGAGAUAUUCGCCAGCGAACCGAAUGUCCAGUUUGUCAAUAGUCGCAAGUCUCUUAUUCUCAGUAACGUGCAACUGGCUGACUUUGGGAGGUAUGAAGUGGAAGGCUUAUUAACUUCUGGCCCAAUUGUAAUUGGCAGAGAUCGAACAGGAAUCACUCUGGACAUUCAAGUCCCUUCACAAAUACAGACACAACCAGUCAACGAGACGACCAUAUUAGAGAGAGAGCCCUUCAGCCUCUCGUGCACUGCAUCAGGCAAUCCUGCCCCCACCAUCACCUGGGUGAGAGAAGAUGGCUCAGACUUGAACACUAUGGCCACGAUGAACACCCAGUCCAAUCCAUCCCUCCCCCUCGCCUUUGUGACCAGCACUCUCUCAGUACCCUUCGCCCUUUACUCUGACAGUGGCCGCUAUCGAUGCUCCGCUAAUAACGAUAUCUCUAAUCCGGUGUUGUCAGAUUUCUCUGACAUCACUGUGAGACCCACUAUAUUCCUGACUGAUUCCAGUGACCAACCAUUGUCUAACACUGAUGUCAUCUCACAGUCCGAUGGUUCGGAGUUUCUCGUUAAAUGUUACGGCUCUGGUAACAUCAUGUGGACUAGCUCGAAUGGAGUCGUCAUCCCAAACAACCAGAGUGGAACUUUAUAUCAAACGUUUGAUAGUAUUGGUGAACAGGUCUCUCUGGUAUUCACAAGUUUUUCUCCUAAUGAAGUGGCAGUGUAUACGUGUGAAAGCCCUUUGAACGAUGUCAACAAUGUCCCUAUUACUGAUAGUGUCCUUAUCACUAACUCUGAUCCAGCUGUCUUCAUUACUACCACUGUCAUGUAUGUUUUGGAGGGGGACUCGGUAUCCAUUGAGGCCGGCAUAUACUUUUCUAGUACCUCUGAAGUACAAUGGUUUCUUGGGGACCAGUUGCUGGAUAUUGAUACUAUCUCCCAGCUCUCUCAGACUAUCGAAGGGAACCUGUACACGCUAAACAUUGAUAGUAUCAACAGUCAACUUUUGGGCCUGUACACUGUUGUGGUGACUCGUGAGGGGCAGAAUGCUUCUGAUAGUGUCACUGUCUCUUAUGCAUCUCCACCUACUGUGACUCUGUCCGUAACUGAACUGACUGUAACCGAGGGAGAAGAAGCCAGAGUUCAAUGCAUAGGCGAGGGAGUGGGUGCAAUCAGGAUUCGGUGGUAUUAUGACAACAAGGAGAGCGUACUACAGAGUGGCAGCGAUCUGGUCAUCCCUUCAGUCGCAAGUACCCACACUGGACUCUAUGAGUGCAGAGUGUCCAACAUUGCUGACACAGUCACAAAGACAGUACAAAUCACUGUUAGAUAUAUGCCAUUCAGCAUGAUCCAGUACAAUAGUAUCUCUUCCAUGUCCAGUCCAAUCAUUUCCCCCAUCUUUGGAGAGUCGACUAUUGCUCCUGUUUUUAUGUGUACCUCUAAUGGCUACCCAGAGCCGACGAUCACAUGGCGAGCUACUAGUGAAACUGGUUUCCCUAAUGGAGUCACCACCCAAGCAGAAGGACAGGAGCUAGUGUGGACACGUCCCUUUGAGUACACAGACUCUAUGCAAUAUGAGUGUGUCAGUGAGAAUGAGCUGGGGACCAGUAUCACCACUAUGAAUCUACUCGUACCAUCUGCACAAAGGAUCGACAGUAUCUACUCCACUCAACUCUCCUCUCUUACCUCAAACAGCUACCAAGUUCCAACUGGAUUCACUGGAUUUGCUCUUACUUGUCUCGCAUUUGGCUGGCCUGCCCCGUACGUAGAGUGGCUCUACAAUGACAACGCCCUACCUGAAGGUGUUGACUCAUCACAAACAUUCCUUACUGGCACCCACAUGGGUCAAGUGUCAGCUAAGCUGAGGUUUAGGACAGGAUUUAAUUCGAACCUCAGCGGAGCCUACCAAUGUGUGGUGAAAGAUAGCAAAGUUUCGAGUGUUGCUGUAAAUGAAUCGAGGGAAUUGAUUGAGACCGGAGAUGUCACCUCAACCACCCCUCCUCGUAGUUGCUCCGUUAGCAACUCUCUAGUCAACUUUCAGAUUCGUAUCUUGGAGACAGAUUGCACCUCUUGGGGAGAUACACUUAGGCAAUCUAUUGCUAAUGCUUUCGAAGAUGAGAUCAUGAGUAUUAUUCAGUUGGAAUGCAAUUGCACAGUUUCUUCUGACUUUGUACAAACCCUCGAACUACCAACAUGCAGUACAAUGAUCAACAAUGGAGUCGUGUUUCGUGGAAAAAUUGAAACAAACUCAGUCGAUCAAACAGAGAACGUAUUCUGUGCUCUCUCCACCUGGCAACAAUCAAGCCCUUCAGUUAACAUUAAUGGUCAACUAUUCGUUGUCGAUUCAGACUGCUCCAUUCGACUUGAUUCCUUCUCAAAUCCCGAGUGUGUGGCCAGUGAGCCGGUUAUUGGUAUAGACAACAAAACACUCAUCAUAGUCAUUGCUGCGCCUAUUGGAGCAGUAGUUGUUGUUGUCAUGGUGAUCCUGAUAGUUUGCUGUGUGAGUUGCCAUUGUAGGAAACUCAAGAAGACAUGGAAGAUGCCCAGCAAGAGGGAGGGUACAAGCCAGUAUUCUAGAACUGAUCCUCGCUAUAAUAGUCGCAACAAUCACGUUGUGGGACCAAUUGAUGAAACAACAGGAGGUCCAGUGUACAGCACUCUCGAACGGAACUUAUGCUCCCCCAAUUAUAGAUCACCCCUCACUGAUGAGUCACCUGAACACCUCCCCCUCCAGCAAACUGGAUCGCUGUCAAAAGAUUUCCUAAUCCAACAUAGUUCCAGAGACCGUGAAUCCCUUGAUGGUGAAGAUAUCCACUAUCUACACACUGAGUCAGCUAUUGAUAUUACAGCAACGAGUACAAGUGGAGUAAGGCCCUCAGUACGACAGUUCCCGUAUGACUCACAACCAAGCAGUGGCUCUUCCAGCCGUGUCACCAGCCCGCCUCAGAGGGGACCCUCCAGAACUGUUUUAUCUGCAACUAACCCGAUGCCUGAUUAUGAAGAAUUGAACUAUAAUUACAAGGGCAGUCCAACAGACCCCCAUCUUCAAUUCUCUCGCAAAGAGAGUAGUAGUGACAGUGUUACUGAGAGGAAGUUUUCUCUAGCAAGCAACUCACCUUCAUUAACAACAGGCACUGGGCCACACCCUGCUUCAAGUUUGGAGAAUGAUGUAUUCUCAAAUGGUCCUAACUCACGAUCAGGACCAAUGGGUCCGAUUCCACCCAUCAGUACUGCCUAUCUGCGCAACAUAACCAGUCGAUCAUCCAUAGACAAUGGAUCUGCAAGCCCAGCAGUCUCCUCCAGACCAUCAGAUAUAAUAGAUGAGGAAAUUGAAAUUAGACGAGACUCAAACUGUUCUGAAGAACCCCCUCCCUAUUCAUCACGACCCCCCUCAGGCAUGACCCCAUCCUCUUCCAUGCUAGACAAUAGCGCGUAUGGAAGGGUAGACCCAGCUCCAAUACAUGAAGAUGAACGUUGGUACAUUUCCAGUGAUGCUUCACUGGACUCUAACAGACCAGAUACUCGUCGUAUAAAUGGCCGAAUUGAUGAUAUCCAACCCUAUGCAAGUAUACAUAACUCAGCCAUCCCCUACGAACCUCAAUCUAUCAUCAGGCAACAAACUGAACAUAGAAGUUAUACUAGCAGUGCUUCUCGAUUUAGAGUACCCGUGGAGCGUAAGAGACAGCACAUACCCCAGCCAUACAGUGAAGCGAUGCUAUCACAAACUUCUGAAUCUGGGACACCCCAACCGUAUUCUGAAGCAGUUCCUAUGCGGUCUAGCGUGGGUAGUCUAGUGUCCCAGGGGAGCUUCGCCCCCUCGAGAAACGUGACUAACUUUGAGAUCACUGUCUAAGUGCAUGAACACUCUUUCAUUAGUAUUAUUAUGCUUAAUUAUUAUAUGCUCAAUUCUUAUUAUGCUCUUACCUUAGCACAACUAUUUUUAUGUCAUCAUUCACUAUUCUUGUUUUGUUAAUAAUACUUAAUAAUUAUUUAUGUACUAAUUAUUUUUAUGCAUGCAUGCAUGUAUAAAUUAUAUAUAAUCCUCUCUAUAUAAAUUAUGUUUUUGAGAGAC